GCAGAGGACAGAAGACGCCUGCAGCUGGGAGCUGAGCUUGGCGAAGCAGAGCUGGGAGCGCGGGGGCGCGGCGGAAGGCGGCGAGCCCAGCGACACCUGAUUCAAGAUGGGGUCCCAGGUCUCCGUGGACACAGGAGCUCUGCACGUGGUGAUCGUGGGCGGGGGCUUCGGCGGCAUGGCGGCUGCCAGCCAGCUGCAGGCCCUGAACUUGCCUUUCACACUGGUGGACAUGAAGGACUCCUUCCACCACAAUGUGGCCUCCCUCAGGGCCUCUGUGGAGAGUGGGUUUGCCAAAAAGACUUUCAUUUCCUAUUCUGUGAGCUUCAAGGACAACUUCCGGCAGGGCCAGGUGGUCGGGAUAGACCUAAAGAAUCAGACGGUGCUUCUGCAGGGGGGCGAGGCCCUGCCCUUCUCACAUCUCAUCCUGGCCACAGGCAGCACUGGGCCCUUCCCUGGCAAAUUUAAUAAGGUUUGCUGCCAGCAGGCUGCCAUCCAGGCCUAUGAGGACAUGGUGACACAGGUCCAGCGCUCAGAGUUCAUAGUGGUGGUGGGAGGAGGCUCCGCUGGAGUGGAGAUGGCUGCGGAGAUCAAAACAGACUACCCAGAGAAAGGGGUCACUCUCAUUCACUCCCAAGUAGCCCUGGCCGACCCUGAGCUUCUGCCCAGUGUGCGGCAGGAAGUGAAGGAGAUCCUCCUCCGGAAGGGCGUGCGUCUGCUGCUGAGUGAGCGGGUGAGCAACCUGGAGGAGCUGCCGCUUAGCGAGUAUCGGGACUACAUCAAAGUGCAGACGGACAAGGGCACCGAGGUGGCGACCAACAUGGUGAUUCCCUGCAUUGGCAUUAAGAUCAACAGCUCUGCCUAUCACGGUACUUUUGAGAGCAGGCUGGCCAGCAACGGGGCUCUGAGAGUGAACGAGUUCCUCCAGGUAGAGGGUUACAGCAACAUCUAUGCCAUUGGUGACUGCGCUGACAUUAAGGAGCCCAAGAUGGCCUAUCAUGCCGGCCUCCAUGCCAACAUCGCUGUGGCCAACAUUGUCAACUCCAUGAAGCAGAGGCCCCUUAAGACCUACAAGCCAGGUGCGCUGACCUUCCUCCUGUCCAUGGGCAGAAAUGACGGCGUGGGCCAGAUCAGUGGCUUCUAUGUGGGGCGGCUCAUGGUUCGGCUGGCCAAGAGCAGGGACCUGUUUGUCUCCACAAGCUGGAAAACCAUGAGGCAGUCCCCACCCUGAUGGGAGGCUGGGCAGGAGACAUGGCCGUGCUGCGCAUGGGAGAGUGACAUGUGACAAGUGGGCCCACCUGACUCAUGCCAAAGGGCAGAAGCGCAAAGCCUUUCUCUGGAGUGAGACAUUGGGGAUGUCCUGUCUGGAAAUGUAUCUUGUGUGAAUCCAAAAAGAGAGUGAGAAAGUGAGAAAGAUUUAAAAAACCAUGUCUAGAGGAUCCUUUCUGGGUGUGAAGGGUCUGGCUGUAGCAGCACUGGCUGAAGGGUCUUGGGAGGGGGCAGAGGCAGCCUUCUGUACUCCUGGCUCCAGGGGAUCUGGAGUGUGUGUGUGUGU